AUGAAUAAAUUGAAAAAGUCGAUAAGACGACAGGAGAGGACUAGAGGUGAUGCUUCCGCUGAUGACCAUCAACGUUUUGAACAAACCAAACAACAUUUUGAACGUCUCCAAACUUCUUUGGAAGAAUUAACCGAGUGUUUAGGCCAUCCACCUAUUCAACUCCCUCCAGAAGAAACUAGUGAAGAUGAAAGGGAAGCUGACGCGGCUGUAAAUCGUUUAACUGAAGAAUUGAGUGAAGGAAGAAUUUUAAUUUGGCCUGAUCGUGAUACUCAACUUUUUUAUGAAUCUUUAAUUGAUGUGACUGCUUAUACACCUACUGUUGCUGCACAGACGGCAGAUGCGGGAGGAAUUGAACAGCAACAGACUAAAGAGCAUAUAGUAACUGAAUCUAUCGAAAAUGUUGAUUUAAGCUGUUUGGAAGAAGUACAGCCUACAGAUGAGAUGGAAACAACUGCUGCUACAACAAAUUUACUGGAAGUACCUGAAGAAGAGGAAAUUUCACAAUCAACAGAACUUGUAGAGGAGCAAGAAACAAUUUAUCAACAACCACCAGACUCAGCAGCAACAAUUACCACCCCCACAACUACCAGCAAUUUUUCUGAAUUACUUGGACGUCUCCCCCAAUCAAUAAACAAAGAAUUAAUUGAUUCAAUUUCAAUAGAUUUUUUAAAAAAUUAUUCUAGAAUUAAAAGUAAUCGAAAACGUUUAAUUCAACAUUUGCAACAACCGCCGGAAGGACGUUUAGAUUUGUUACCUUUUUAUGGGAGGUUUAUGGCGACAAUUAAACCUGCUUAUCCAGAAAUUACUACACAGGUUUUGCAUGAAUUGUUAGCUCGUUUCCGUUCAAUCACCACACCAAAAAGUGUUAAAUUUGCAAAGAAGGCAGAAAUGCAACAGGCACUUGCUCGAAUCGAGGCGAAGCUUCAACUAUGUUCUUACCUUUCUGAAUUGUGUAAAUUUGGAAUUCUUCCAAAAGCUGAAGCAUUAACUUGUUUACGUUCUUUAUUAGUCCAUAUGCAUUUUUACAAAGUUGAUAUGCUUUGUAUUAUGAUUGAACAAAUGGGUUCAUUCUUAUAUCGUUCACCUGAUGCUCAUUCAAAAAUGGCUGUAAUAAUGCAAGUUUUGAAGGAUAAAUCAGCAAAUGUUAAAGAUCCAAGGCAUAAGAUUCUCCUAGAAAAUGCCUAUUUUGCUGUUAUUCCUCCAGAUGAUCAAACAAUUAGUUCAACAACAACAGCAGCUCGACAACCACCAAUGCAUGAAUUUAUUCUUCACAAGCUUUCAACAGACAUUAGAAUUGGUAUUUUUCGACGUAUAGAUUGGGAUGAUGAAGAGAUUAAAGAUUUCACCUUAAAAUUGCUUUCUUGUCCAUGGCGUGUUCAUUUUGCUGAUAUGGCUUCUAUGGCUUCUCUAGUUUCUGCACUUUCUGAUCAUCAUGAUUGGAUUGGUGUUUAUGUGUUAGACUCUGUUCUCGAAUUUUUGCGUCUUUCGUUAGAAUUGAAUGCUCCAGCAUUGCAACAACGUGCACUCACAACUGUUGCUUAUCUUGGACAAUUAUUUAAUUAUAAUGUUACAAAUACUGCUACUUUGUUUAAGGUUUUGUAUCAAUUAAUCUCUCUUGGUAUUCACCCUAUUACCUCUACUGUCUCCCCCGAUUUACCUCAACAAGAAGGAAACAAUGAAUCAUCCGGUCCAGAACAAUUAAUUAUUCGAUUACAACGAAUUCGACUUGUUACCCAAUUAGUGGAUACAGUCUGUGAAUUUUUCUGUGCCCCAAAAAGUAAAAGUACAAGGAGGAUGGAUCAAUUUUUGUUCUUCUUUUUAAAAUUUUAUUAUGAAACACGUGAUGGUUGGUCUCUUUAUAUCGACGAAAUUGGUGAAUUCCCUGAUGAUGUAAUUCAACUAGUUACAGAAUUAUUUCGUACUUGGAGGAAAAAUGAAAAAUUUCCGGAGAACCUUAAUGAAGCGCAAUUGAAGGUAGCAGAGAUUGAAGCGACUUAUAAGGCAAAAGUUGAUGAAAUUUUGGCUGGAAUGCGUAAUGCUCUUGAAGCGGCAACUAGAGAUGAAGAAGGGCAAAGACGUCUUAAUAGAAUUAAUGAAGAAAAUGAGGAGGAGGAAGAGGAUGAUUAUGAUAGUGAGGAGGAUGAGGAAGAUGAAGAGAACCAUUCUUUGGAUGAAGAAUUGGACCAUUCUUGUGAUAAUGAAGAAGAAGAAGAUGCUGAACAUAAUGAAAGGCCCCAUUCAAAUCGAAAGCAACACAAAAAGAAUAGUUUAAAUAAUAAUGAAGAACAACAAAAUAUUUCUUCAUUACAAACACAACAUUUAUUAGAAAAUCCUGAAAAAUCGCCAACUUGUUAUUUUGAUGGAGAUGAAUCUGAGCUUAGAAUACAUACACAACAGAAACAGUUACUUCCAGAAGAUGAAGAUUUUAUGAGAGAUUUUGAUAAAACUAUGAACGAGUCUUUACAAUCAGCUCCAGUAAUGCUUCAAGGUCCUAUUAGCGAUUUGGUUGUUCCACCCCAAGCAAAACAAAAGUUUGAAAGGAAAUUGACUUUUGCAAUGUCAGAAACUCAUUCAGUUGAUAAAAGUUCCCCACAUGAUCUUUUGCCACCUGAGGAUGUUGGAGGGAAUAGUUAUUAUGGAAGGAGCUCUCAACAGCAACAUAGACAGAAAGGUUCAGCAUCUUCCCCUCAAUCUAGAAUGGCUUUAAUGCUUCGUGCUAACAAAGGUGUUGGAGGUAGUAGUGGUGGCGGUGGUGGUUUAGGAACAAGCGGUGGAGGAGUCGGAGCUAAAGGCAAUGUUUUGUUGAAAGCAGUAAAUAUAGAAGAUAUUGAUGAUAAUUUGGCGGAGAAAUGGCGAAUGGCACAGGAGGAGCAAGAAAAAAAUAGAAGGGAAAUGAAAAAGGUAACUUUGGCUUUAAAUGAACGUAUGGCACAAGAAGCUGAUGAAGCAAACAGGCAAGAACAAAUUGCAGAAAUGGAAAAACGUUUUAUAUUUACUAGUGGUGGUGGGUCAACAACGCCGACAUCAAAUUUUGGGGGAGGGAAUGAGUAA